AUGGCAAAUGCGAUAGCUCAUAAUGAUAAGAAAGCUGGUACCAAUACUCUAGGGCUAGUUUUCUUCUGCCUAGUGUUUGGCAGUCUGCUGGGCACCUUGGGGCCUAAGGGACAGGUGGUGAUCGACUUCUUCCAAGCGAUCUUCGAGGUCAUCAUGAAGAUGGUGACGGGAGUCAUGUGGAUGACUCCGGUCGGCGUCAGCAGUGUGAUUGCGGGGAAGAUUCUUGGAGUCAGUAAUGUUGCUCAAGUGAUGUCCCAACUGGCCUGGUUCAUAACAACAGUGGCGAUCGGCGUGUUUUUCUACCAGCUAUUGGUGAUGCAACUCAUAUACUUCUUGUUCCUAAGGAAGAAUCCAUACAAAUUCUACUGGGGACUGUCUCACGCCAUGCUUACUGCAUCAGCCACUGCUUCUACUGCCGCAGCCCUCCCAGUGACCUUUCGAGCUAUGGAGGGUCCCCUUCGAGUCGAUCCUCGGGUCACCCGGUUCGUUCUACCCAUCGGUUGCAACAUCAAUAUGGAUGGAACGGCACUCUUCUUAUCUGUGGCCAGCGUCUUCAUCUGUCAGAUGAACAACUUGCCCUUGGGAUUCGCACAGCUGGCUACUAUUUUCCUAACAUCAACAGCAGCUUCAGUGUCGUCCGCGUCAGUGCCGUCAGCAGCGAUGGUGUUGCUACUCGUGGUGCUCGCUGCAGUGGACGCUCCAACUCAUGACGUGUCGCUGCUAUUUGCUGUUGAUUGGCUUGUUGACCGCAUACGCACAACAAACAACAUGCUGGGCGACUGCUACGCGGCUGCCGUCGUAGAGCACCUGUCCAAGAAUGAGCUCAUGGCCUGUGAUGCACUCUCCACUGAACCUGUAACCAAUGGUCUCACCACCAUCAACACAGAGGUGGAUCUAGGUCUCGUGACUCCCAGCAGAAAGUCAUUGGCGUCGGAUGACGUCAUCAUCGACAUGCAUUUAACCGGCAACCACUCCGUAAAGAGGAUCUAGUUUAACGCGUGCCUUUCAUAAUAUUUAUCUAGAACGCCGUAAGUAGACUUUUUAGUAAUUAGUCAGUAUGACUCUAAAAUUCGUAAUCAUAGAUUUUGUACGAAAAUAUCUUGCAAUUUGAAUAGGCAUGUAUGUGCGCUAACCAUUUUAGCGUUUACUAGCUGGUACGUCCAGUCAAUUGACAAUGGCAAAUACGAUAGUAAUAAUAAUAAGAAGCAAGUGAAUAAUUAUCAAACGCAAUUGACUAUUCUUAAAUAAGCAAUCAAGUAUUUAACACUUAUUAAUAUGUAAUAUCACCUAGUGUUGAUCAUAGCAGCAACGUUUUGAUAUAUUUUGAAUGAUACGAUGCUAAAGUAUUCAAGGUACCUAAUUAUAUUUAAGUGCCAAAGGCCAAUUCGUGAUUUUAAAAUGCCAUUUUUACAUUUUUAUAAAUUAGAAAAUCAUUGACGAGCCAGUUUAGGUUGGUUUCAUCACAAAAUGACCCUAUAGACUAUAAUAGAUCGCUGACAUAUCGGAAGAUGGGUCUAAUAUGCAAUGUAGGCAUUUAUU